GCAGGCUGGGCCCCCCACGAUCUGACGCCGGCGAUCACGCCCCACAGCUCCGUCCAAUUAGGAAAAUGACCGCGAGGAGACGGAAAGAGGGCGACGAGGAGGGGGGUUGAGCCACGGGAGGCUGAAGACCGACCAUGGGGACCCCACCCGCCAUUCCCCCCACAGUCGGCGAGUGCCUUCAACAGGUUCCGGCCCCGGACGCAAUGACUCGGGUCGGGUGUGGGUCCCGCAACGCCCAGCUCAAGGCGGCCGGCUGCCCUCGGGGGCGCCCCAACACCCCCAGCUGCGCGCUCAGCCCUCCCCCAUCACGGCCAGCGGGGACGCGCAGCAACCCCACCCGCUCGGAGAGGCCGGUCCUGAGCCGGCGGAGAGAGCCGCCACGAAGGGUCAAUUAUUCAUGGGGCGCCUGGGCGUACUCCCAAGACCUGCUCUGUCCUCGGCUUCUCCGGAGAAGUGGGGAGAAGACGGGGGAAAAGUUCCCAGAGCAAAGUUGGUCACAUUUCUUAUUUUCCCAAGUAAGUAUUGAGCACCUGCUGGAUGCCUGGCCCUUGGAGUGGGGCUGCAACGGGGGAGGGAGGGAGAAACGUGAGGUCUUGGUGGGCCCCCAAGAGUUUCCGCUGGAAACAAUGCGAAGGAGCCUGACGCUCAGGACCAGGUCACCGGGAAGAAGGAAAGCCUGGAUUCUCUCCCCCCUCCUCUCUUCCUUCCCCUUCCCUUCCUCCCGGCUGCAUCUCCUUGGCUCCACCCCUUCUCCUCAUCAAUUCCUCCCACACUUCCCUGCUCUCCCUGGCUUUUCACUGGAGGGUCCCUUCUCCCAGCGAGGAGCAGAUGCUGAGCCCCAUUGUCUCUCCCCCAAUGACUGCAGCCUCCCAGGGACAGGACCUGCCACUCCUCACCCCUCCCCCAAGCCCGGAGGCCUGGGCCUUUAGAGACUGGAGCCCCAAGGCCACUGCCCCUCGCCCCACCCUACACCAGUUCUUGGUGCUGUGAGCAAUGACUCCAGUCACUCAGAACAUGAUUUAUUUCUCACUAGGAGUGAGAAAACAGAAGCCAGAGAGUUUGCUUCAGCAAGAAAGACACCAUGAUUUUGACAUCAGCACAUUGAGCCCCCAAUGACUCCAGAACCUUCCUGCAUGCCCUGUUAAGAGAGUGCUCAGGACACUCUCUUUAGGGCCUGCAGAAGUCACAUUUCUGUCAUUACCUGCCCCUCCUGCUAAAUACACCAAAACUGUAACCUCUAAACAAAGCAAAACACAGCUCUGAUACUCAAGCAUUCAUUCAACAAAUUCUUGCUAAGUACCUACUCUGCACCAGCUAGUGUACUAGGUACUAAGCACCUAACCAACAGCAAGACAGGGUCCUUGAUAUGGCUUCACAAGACAGAAGGGGAAGAAGCAAGAAAAAAUACAUAAUGUAUACAAGGGUAAACUAAGAAAAUACCUAAAGGGGUGACUGACCUGGGGUGUUCCUGGAAGGCUUCCUGGAGGAGGCUACAUCUAGAUAAGGAGACCUAUGUCAGACAAUGCAUGGGAGGAAAUAGCCUGUCCCCAAGGCAAGAGAGAACCUUAGAGGUUCUUGGAAUUGUUAAGAGUUCCAGUACUUGUUGCAGCAGAGAGUACCU